AUGGCCACUUCACCAAUGAUUCAAAUCAAUCCGUUACUUCUCUCAGGACAACAACAAUUUCCUUCAUCUUCACCUCAAGAAGAACAAACUCCUCUAACAUCCAAUAAUCACAAAAACACCACCACUAACCAACAAGAAGACGAAGAAUACCUGACAGAACCAAUUAUCAAUCCAAAUCAAGACAACUAUCAAAACAAUGAUCCACUCAAACCAAUGAAAAUUUCUGAUAAUAACAAUGAUGAUGAUGGCGUUAAUGUCGCACACCACCAACACCAACACCAACAUUACGAAUCAAACAGCACUAAAAAAUUUCGCUCCAAAGCCUUUCUCAGACACGCAAACCUUUCUUCGACAACAACAAUAACUCAGCAAAAAGCAGAGCAGAGCAGUUUCUUCUCUAAUUCCGCUCAUCUGACGACGAAGGAAGGAAGUCAGCAUCAUCAUCAUCUUCAGCAGGAGAGAAGUGAAUUUGAAGCAAAGACUAUUACUAGUACAACUACUACCGAAGAACAGGAAGAAUUUAAUACCUGUCAAAAUAAUAAUAAUAAUAAUACGAAACAAGUUGAUCCUUAUAGUUUAGCAAAUAUGAAAUCUAAUAAUCAACAAACCGAAACAAAUGGAAAGAGAAAAUCAUCAUCUUCGACUACGGUUGACACCAUUACUCAUGCCAGAAAAUUAGUUUCAGGUUUUGGAAUUUCAACUAAAGAUUCCAAGAUUGACAUGUUAUAUGCCACUAAAUUAUCAUCAGUUUCAAACUCGAAAAAGAAACUCACUAGAAAAACAAGUGGCAAGGAAAUGGAAAGAUUUUUGUUUUGUAAAUAUUGUAAAUUAUCUAACAAAUCAUUGGAUUCAGGAAGAUUACAACUUAAAACUUGCAGCUUAUGUAGAGAAGUUAGAUAUUGUUGUAAAGAACAUCAAGUAUCGGAUUGGCCAAAACACAAAUUUGAAUGUAAUUGUGCUGUUAGAGCUCUAAAUAAUGGAACUUAUUCGAAAAUAUUGCAAAAGGGAGACGAAACAAAUAGACCUCAAAUUGGGGAUUCUAUUUCUGUACAUUAUGUUGCAAAGCUAUUGAAUGAUACCAUUGUGGAUAAGACUUAUAAAUCUAUUGAAACAAACAAACACUGUAGUGUUUCAUAUGAUACAAGCGAUGAUGAAGAAGGAGAAGAAGGGUUCGAUGAUGACAAGGAUUUGUACAUUGUCAAACCACCAUCAAAUAGUUAUACUGAUUUUGAAAAUUGGUUGUCACAUGCCAAUAACAAGUUCUUGUUAAAACAAAGAAAAUCUGAUGUGGAUUCGGAAGACGAAAUAACUUCCACCAGCACAAAUAAUAGCGAAGUUUAUGAUAGUAGAGCAUCUGUAGCAAGUUCAUUUUCAGAACUGAGUUUUGCAACCACUUGCACUGAUUCUAGACUGACACUUUCGCAAAGAAGUGAAGAUGACCUAUCUCUCUAUUCCUCUAAUUCAUCUGCUCUGCCACCAAUAACAAAUCACGAUCCAGAAGAUGCUGAAGACAACUGGUCUACUGACUCUUCAGGAAGAGGAGGUGGUACAUCCAGCUCUACAUCAACAGUUAGCAUUAUAUUUGAUUCUGUUGCCAAAGAUAUUGAAGUAGUUCCAGAUUUACUUCAAUUUACUAUUGGUAAAGGUCAAGUAAAUCCAGAUAUCGAGAAACAUCUUUGCCAAAUGUCUCUGGGAGAACGAAGACACCUGUUUGUAUCACCUAAAAGCAGACAAAAUCCAAACAAAGAUAUUCUAGCAAAGCGAGUUAAGAAACUAUCUGAUUUUACAGUAGUUUACGAAAUAAUGAUUGUCCAAAUUUUGAGAAAGAAACAAGAAAAUAAUCAUUUCCACCCAUCUCCACAACCAAUCACUAGCAAUUCAAAACCAAUUUAUGGACAAGACGAGUUCACUAAGGGUAGCGAAACAUAUCAGAGCUGUUUCUAUGAACCAUUUAGACGUUUUAUCCCAUCGGCAAUAACCCUUUAA